AUGUAUCCAACAGAUUCGUCAAGUUUCCGAACGUCGCGCCAAUUCACUUCGUAUCCAGGAGUUCCGAUAAGUUGCUAUUAUUGCAACGUGCUCUACGGAACAGCGGGAAAUUACGGCGGGGGCGGGAAUUACGAACCCGAUCAUAAUUAUUACGGAUUUGAAGGACAACCAGACUGGAGUGAUUUCUCUGAAUCUGGGGACAUUCAAAACCACGGUGAUCGCGUUUAUGGUGGAUACUAUGCAAAAACUGGUCAGUGGCCGUUCGUCGUGGAGGUCAGUGUGAACGGUGGUUCUUGUACGGGAUCCCUGUACGAUGUCUACACCAUCAUCACGGCGGCACAUUGUGUCGUUAACAUGCAAAAUGUCGUCACCCCGGCAGGAUUCGUUGUAAUUUUUGCGGGGGCGGUCGCACACGGGAAGGGAAUCCGUCGUUUUGCCGAUAGCGUGCACCCCCAUCCGAAAUAUAAGCCUAAAACUGGCAUCAUUCUUUAUGACAUUGCCAUAAUUAAAAUUUCCACGCCGUACAAGCUGAGUGACACGAUUCGACCCAUACCCAUCAAGCAAGGGACGUCCUUACCAGUGAACACACAGUGUAUAAUCACCGGAUUUGGGGCAAUAUUUGGACGAAAGAAUGAAAUUCAACGCAACAUGACCUAUGCAAAUAUGAAGAUCCGAUCCAACAAGUUGUGCGUGGAUACCUAUGACACCGCUCAUUACAAACCGUCCAUUACUCUAUGUGCAGGAGGAUAUGGGACAAGCAUGUGUUACGGUGAUUCCGGCGGUCCACUCCACUGUCCGAAUCCGAAUGGUCAUGGUCGCGUCCUUUUUGGCGUUGUUAGUUACUCGUACGACGGCGAUGAUAAGAAUCAACCAUGCAACAGCCCGUUUCCUGGAAUUUUUACACGCGCACCUGCAUUUGAUCACUGGAUUAAAAAUUGUGCAGCGGGAAACUGUGGGCUUCCUAGUGGAUGAUAAUAGUUUUAAGGAAAUUUAUAGCGAAAAAUUGGCAAAUGAGUUAACUAUUUUUUUCAAAUCGAAUUGCUUCUAGUACCGAGAAUUAGAUUUAGAUUAUUUAAAAUAUCAAAAGUUGCAUUUAUCUCAAAACUUAUGGAGUUGAUUCAAUUUUAGAAAUUGCAUGUAAAGACAUUGGAUAGGGUGAGAUUUACAUAUAAUUUGAUAGGUAAUUUUAUUUAUUAUAUUACUGUUUAAUGGUCAGGAAUGGAAGACAUAAAAUUCAGUUGAGAUCCAAAUUUGGAAAGAAAUUAACAUUAUUGAUGUCUGCAUUGUUUUGAAAAAGUGAUUGGUCUUGAACGUUCUUCCAUUAAUAAAAAAAAUCCCAGAGUCCUGGAGGA